GAGUGUGAGCGCGGAUAAACGGAAUUGUUGUUGUGUUAGCGGUAGCUGUGAGAUUUGUGUGUUUAGCGACAAUAAUUUUAGUUUUGACACCGUCAAUUCCUCCCAGCAUGAGUCUGUCUCUGAGGCCUGAACUCCCAGCAGACAAAGCCAAGCGUAAGAAGAGAAGAGAGCUCACUGAGGAUCAGAAACAUGAAAUUAAAGAAGCUUUCGAGCUAUUUGACACUGACAAAGAUAAAGAAAUCGAUUACCACGAGCUGAAGGUGGCGAUGCGUGCACUCGGCUUUGAAGUGAAGAAAGUGGACGUUCUGAAGAUUCUUAAAGAUUAUGACAGAGAGGGAAACGGCAAAAUUACUUUUGAGGAUUUCAAUGAAGUAGUGACAGAUCGCAUCCUGGAGCGAGACCCAAAGGAGGAAAUCAUGAAGGCCUUUAAGCUGUUUGAUGAUGACGAGUCAGGAAAGAUCAGUCUGAGGAACCUGAGGCGAGUGGCUCGAGAACUUGGAGAGAACGUCAGUGACGAGGAGCUGCGCAGCAUGAUCGACGAAUUCGACGCUGACGGAGACGGUGAAAUCAACCAGGAGGAGUUCCUCUCUAUCAUGACCGGAGACUCCUGAUAAGAGAUUUUACUGCUGCGAGGACUUUUGGGUCAGAACAGUCGUCCAGAUUUUGACUGAGCGUCAACACGGACGUCCUCUUGGAGGUCAUUUCAUUGGCCCUGAGGUUUGUACUUGCUUCAGUAUACAACAGCACUGGACUGUGUGAGAACAUCGGCCACAUCGCUCAACAUGAAGAUGACGUGUAAAGUGUCGAUGUUAUGCCGCUCUUUAAAAUUAGCAAAAUGUCGUUGAGUUUUCUGUGUUUCUGUACUCAUAAAAUGUGGAAUUUCACCUCACAAGUGUCUCAAACAUCAUGUCAGACUUUGAUGUUGGUAGUCUAGGUGAUUAUAUUCACUCUAUUACAAACACGUUCUAAUAACUGUUGGGAAAAGGUGGACAUUUUCUUCCUGAAGUCAGUCUGUAUAUUCUGUAGGAGGAAAAACACACAUGCCAUGAUGACCACUUUACCUAAUUGUAUUUGUACUUUACAUUUGAGUGCUUGAAUGUGCUAUUUAUUUUUUACACAAUAAAUUGGUUUCCCAGCAAGUCA